CCUUGUCCUGCAGUUAUGUGCAAUGAGAAUCCCCAAAUCAGAAAGCGCAUUCGGCCAAACAGCGAUACCAACUAAUUUCGGUCAGAACUGGCUGCCCACGCCGACCGGAGCUGCGGGAGAGUAAGAGCACGCACAGUCUGCUUGCCGUCUAUAAAGUACCAGCUAUAAUUCGGCUCUCCCCACGAUUUCGAUUCUUUGAAUCCAGGGUUCUGGGGAGGUUUUCAAUUUGUCGUUAUAUUAAUUGAUUAUUCACCAAGUAUUUAUUUAUAAGUUCCGCUGAUCUACAAUUCUGCUGAGUUUCGUUUGCUGGGCUCGUUUGGAUUGAUUCCAUUUGUAGGAUAUAUCUGUCCUCCGCUUAAACCCUAGAGAAUCCGAGUGUUGUUGAAUAUGAGCGAUGGUGACGGGAAGGAUACUGUGAAGUUCUUGAGUGAGAAAGAAAAUCUGCUGUCGAAGAGAAAGAAGAAGAGGUUGGGAACUGACGAAUUCGCCCAGGCCAUUGCCAGAAUUGCGGUGGCACAGGUUUGCGAGAGUUUAGGGUUUCAGAGCUUUCAGCAGUCUGCAUUGGAUACUCUUGCUGAUGUUGGGGUCAGGUACAUUAGAGAACUAGGGAAAACUGCUCUUGCUUUUGCCAAUUUAGCAAAUAGGAGCCAGUGUAAUGUGUUUGAUGUGAUUCAAGGAUUGGAGGAUUUGGGCUCGGUUCAGGGCUUUUCAGGUGCUUCAGAUGUUAACCAUCCACUUUCAGGAUCAGGAGUAGUUAGGGAUAUAAUUCGUUAUGUUUGCCAAGCAGAGGAAAUCCCAUUUGCAUAUUUGCUACCUGUUUUUCCUGUUGUUAAAGAAAGGACAUUGAACCCCAGUUUUGCACAGGCAGAGGAAAAUCCACCUGAUGAGCAUAUACCUAGUUGGUUGCCCAAGUUUCCAGAUCCUGAGACUUACGUCGACUUAAGUUCAGGGAACGAGAAAGACACGGAGAAAGAGGUGGUGAACAAGAAUCAGCAGGUUGAAGAACAGCAUAUAAAGGUAGAGAGGCCCUUGCUGAAUUUGCAGCAGAAAUUAAUUUGUAAUGGGUCUGAAGCAGGAAUAGCAGUUGAACAAGUUGAUGCUGCAAAGGCACAACGAGCAGCAGAAAGCAACCCAUUUCUUGCUCCCCCUAUUCAAUUUGGGGAAAAGGAGGUCUCGGUGCCUGCUCUUCCAGCUAAACUUUCAGAUGACACUUUGGGGUAUCAUCAAAGUUGUGAAGUUUUGGAGAGCAAUCUGUUGGCAUUGGAGCCAUCUUUGCAAGCCAAUGAAGCUGCGGCAAGUGGUCCUUGUGAACCUCAGGACAGUAGAAAGAUUCUCUUGAACGGGAGGCCCAAUAUACAUUUUAAGUUUGGGAAUCGUAAGAAAUCCUUAGGCAUGGUGACAAGCCCUAGGAAUGAGGGCAUUGAGAAAUCUUCACUUUGGUUCGGUGAUGAUUGCGAUGAAAUAGACAAGAAGAGAAGGAGGGCCGAGAAAGUUCUUUGGGAAAAUACAGAAUAUCCGCCAGAAGCAUCUUAUUUGUAAAUUAGGCAUGUUUGUUAGAGAUUGUAUAAUUUUUUAUGGAGCUAGCACCUGAUGCUUGUUCCUGGACAGUCAUAGUUGAGGAGCUAGAAUUUUCUCUGUACGGGCAUUUUUUAGACUUCUAAACGGGCAGUGUUCCCACUUUCAUUGAGUUCUUGAGGUGCUUAGUUGUCAGUGUACCUUCAUGAACCUUUGUUAUUGAUAGGUUUUUUGUAACUGAAAUCAAAUUGCAAGUUUUAGUUACUGCUUUACUUCUUUUAUUUCUCUAGGAUGUAA